CCGGGACUGCUGAAAUGAGAAACUGGAGUAAGCAUUACUGAGGUGGAGCAGGGAGAUUCUCCUGCAGUGCAGAUGACUGAAGAAUGUAGAACAUGGUAAAGCUGUACAACAGAAAUGUUAAGAAACCAUCUGGAAAAAAUCUUUGCAGGACCACAAGCUCUUGUAUGAACUGAUUUGCCCAUAACUGAGUAUUCUUUCCAUUACAAUGCUGUCUCGUGAAACUGGAUAUUUGGGGUGAGAACAAGCUGCACAUAACACAAUGUGGAAAAGCCAAGCAGUGGUGGAAGAAGGAAAGCAUCACUUAGCUAAUCUGAGGAUUGGGACCGUGUGGAAAGAAUCAAUGCCAUCAGAAGAUGGAAUGGGACCAGGGUUCAAGUCUAAGGAAAGGGAGAUUCAACGAUCCAUUCAGAGUGAAGAAGAACAUACCAAAGUAAAUUUCAUGUCUCGUCUGAGGAGCUCCUCUGUAGAAAUUCGAGAGAAAGGCUCAGAGAUUCUAAGAGAAGAGCUGUUGAAAGCUCAGAAGGAGCUACAGUUGAAAGAUGAGGAAUGUGAGCGACUUUCGAAAGUUAGAGAUCAGCUUGAACGGGAGUUGGAAGAACUGACUGCAAGCCUUUUUGAGGAGGCUCACAAAAUGGUGCGGGAAGCCAAUACCAAACAGGCAUUAUCAGAGAAGCAACUAAAAGAAGCCCAUGGCAAGAUUGACAUGCUUCAGGCUGAGGUUACAGCACUAAAAACCCUGGUGAUUACCUCAACUCCUUCUUCUCCAAAUCGUGAGUUACACCCCCAGCUUCAGAGCCCAUCCAAAGUUGUCUUUAAGAAGGGCCACUCUCGCAACAAGAGUACCAGCAGUGCCAUUGUCACACCAGCCCCUCCAGCCCCACAGGUCCAGCCGGUCAGCAAGGAAAGCAAAGAGUCUGCUGUUCCUGCUCUUCUCUCUCUCCUGCUGUGCAUUGUUCCAGGGAGGGCGAUCCAAAUCACCUACGAACCAGUUUGGAAUUGCCCACCAGUCGAUUCAACUGCCCUCAUUCGCCAGGUGGAUCCAGUUCUUUUUGAAGAAUUUCAGCAAUGGAAAGAAGAACCAACGUUGGAUAAGACCUGUCCAUUCUUAGAAAGAAUUUACAGAGAGGAUGUCUGGCCAUGCUUGUCAUUUGCAAAAAGAGAGUUAGCACAAUCUGUCCAGGAUGCAGUUGAAAACAACACAUUAAGCAUUGAACCUGCUGCAGCACAAACAUUGCCUCUUGUGAAAGUAUCUGCUAUCGAGUGUGGGGGUCCAAAUGGGUGGAGGUCUCAAAUUAUAACAAAGUGUGCCUUGACUGGACUGUCAAAGGCUUGUAAACAUCGAAUCAAACUAGGAGAUACUGGAAACUAUUACUACAUCUCACCAUCAUGCAGGGCCAGGAUAACAGCUGUGUGCAAUUUUUUCACCUAUAUCCGUUACAUCCAGCAAGGCUUAGUUCGACAAGAAGGUAAAAGAAGCCUCAAUGUAUGCUACAUAAUCUACAUUUCCUAAGCCUAGUGGAGCAGAUGUACUGGGAAAUUAUGAGACUGAGAAAAGAGAUCGCCACUGCUAAGCUUGGUCUGUAUACAGAUGACACCUAGUGCUGAGAGCAGUUUUAUGGAAGCAGAUAUUCUUUCUUUCUCCAGUAUGCAGGACUGGCUGAAGAAUUUGAGAAAGAAGCCUCAGCUAGGCUGUGUCAGCCACAAUGAACUUAGAAUUCAGUAUUUUUUUUUUUUGCAUGAACAACAUUUAAACUGCUUUUAUCAGUAUUAUUUAUGCAUCGGUUUCAGCUGCUGAUAAUCCCUUUUUAGGAUAAGAGUUUAUUAUUCCAAGCCAGAGGGUGACGAACAUGGAUCCUGUUCUGAAUGUGGUGGUUUUCAGUAAUUCUCAUGGUGGCCUUCAAUAUAUUUAGCAGCUGACAAAGCACAACUUUUUAGUCAUCAUGGCCUGGUUUUGCUGAUUGUACUGAGUGACAAUGAAUUCAGCAUCUCAUUUUAUUCUUUGAUAAAAUGGGAGUAUUUGUAACUGACAAUGUAGAGAAAACUACUCAUAUCUUACUGCAGGCCAGUGGGGAUAUGUUUUUUUGUUUUUCAAAUAUAUAGCAACAUUUUAAGUGUUUAAUGUGGCUCAACAACCUCACACAGGCACCGGCACUGUGUAGUACAUCAUCCAUACCUGUCUCAAGCUACAGUACUGUAACUCACCAAAUAUCUAUGGAAACACCAUCAGAAAUUGCAGUUCUCAGAUGUACUUGCACUGUUUCUGGUAAGCCGUGGCAUUUAAUUGUAACCACAGUAAUACCUAGUUAUUGAUUUCAAUGUUAAACAGUAGGCAUAAGCUGCAUAAAUGUUAAUUCUGAAGUGUAACAAACAAUAAAUGCACAUCUUUUACUAAUGACUUUGUACUGCCUGUUGCAAGUCAAGACAAAAGUUUGCCAGUCCCACCUACAGAGCAAGAGGUACACUAAUCACCUGGUCACCAUUUCUGUUUGUGUGUCAUUUUUCACAUUCCAGCACUCCAAUAAAUGACCAUAAUUUGUUUGGUAGAGAAUAUGUUGAUAGGGACUGCACUUUUUAAGAUAACCUUCCUAAAUGAACAAAUGUCUUUUUUUUCAGGCUGUUGGUUCAUAUUUGUGACAAAUUGAAUGUCCCUGACAGGCAUUUUCUUAACAUAGUGGAUUUUAAUGAUCAGGCAAUUUGGGAGGUGGUGCUACUGACAUUAUUUGGAGCCAGUUCUGUUUUUCAAUUUUUUUUUUAUUGGGGAGAAGCAACUGUUUAGGCUUACCUACUACUACCUUAUGACUUGCGGCUCAAUUGGUCAACUGUGAUAAGUGAUCCAUUGCAAAAUAUGAUUCAUUUUAAUGUAAAAUGUCAGAAAGAAAAAGGUUUGAUGCAUAACACUUCAGUGAAGAAUAAGGAAGUAACUGACAGCUGUUCUAUAUGUGUAAGAACUGCUAAGUGGGCAUCAUUUUACUAACAGCAGCAUCCCCUAGCCUUCCACGAGAAUUGUUAUUAGUACUAAAGUCUAUUCCCUAUCACCACUGAAAAACCUAACUCAUUCUCCCUAUAGUAUUGCGGUAGUGUUGUCGCCUCAUAGCAUGAUGUUGUCCCGUUCGAUUCUCAGCUAGAGCGUCUUCUGUGUGGAGGCAUACGUGAAUGGGGCAUGCCUUCGUUGAAGGUUGUGCGUCAGGGCUGGUAACCCAGUACCUAAAAAUCCACUACCAAUCAUUAGCGGACCGGAGUUCCACUGUGGCGACCCCUAACCGGGAAAAGCCGAAAGAAACAAACAAACAUUCUCCCUAUAGUAUUGAGCAACAAGAGGCUUAGAGGAACCAUGCGCCCUUAUAAAAACAAACCCAAUCUGAAGCAAUCCGUUUUGGCAGCAGUUUGUUUGGCAGAAGGAAACUUCAUUGAGAAGAUAUUUUAAGAUCCAUUUAAUAGAAAAACAGCUAUAAUAUAGAAUUUUGAAAUUUGGAUGACUUAGUAAGUAAAAAAAUAAAAUAAAAUAGAGAAGAAUAUGUCUGUUUCCCUUCAGUUAUACAUUUGAAUCCUUGUUUUUUUUUUCAUUUGGAUGAUCUCUGAAGAGUUAAUGUUGUUUAUUCAUUUUUUGUUAGAAUACGGGCAAAAAUGCUCUUGAAAAUUAUAUCAGAAAUGAGAAAUCCUAUGCUCCAACUCAUUCUACUUUGUUGAACAUUAAAAAGUUGGAAGUGGAAAAUUA